AUGCGAUCAAAUCUUCCCUCUUUUCAAAAUUAAAAUCCCUAGAAAAUUUCCCUGAAGAAGAAGGAGAUGGUAGCCGCCGCCGCCGCCGCAUUCUCAAGUCUUCCGGAGGAGAUUCAAUCUGAAAUCCUUGUAAAAUUACCAGCAAAAUCAGUAUUAACUUGUAAGUGUGUUUGUAAACUCUGGCUUAAUCUAAUUUCUUGCCCUAGAUUUAUCAAUGAUCAUCUUCAUCUAAGUAUCCAGAAUAAGAAGAAUCAUAAGUUGAUGUUCACUGAUAAGGAAUCUGUUACUGGUAAGCCUCUGCUGUACUCAAUUGAUCAUGCUUCAAUAUCAUCAUCACCAGAUUUAUCAUGUGACUAUAUAGCUGAAAAAGUUGUUCUGAUUGAUUACCCAUUUGAAUACAAGGAAGGUAUGGAAAUUAGGAUUUUGGGUGCUUGUAAUGGUCUCAUUUGCUUUGGUAUUCUAAUGGAUACAAACACUAGUAUUUGUAUUUGGAACCCGACAACCCGGGAAUAUAGGGAAAUACAACAUUGUGAUUUUCAUAUCAACCCCAAGCAAGUUUCUAGAGCUGGGUUUGGUUUUGAUGCCAAAACCGGAGAUUAUAAGAUGGUAAGAAUUGGGGAUUAUGAAAAAUCUGAUUGCUGUAAAGUCGAGGUAUAUACAUUUGGAUUGCAUUUGUCAAAAACUGUUCUUACCUUCGCUUACAUGUACCCACAUGAGAUAGCCCUUCGUGGUGUUUUUCUUAAUGGAGCUCUUCACUGGAUAGGCAGUAUGUUCAGUCAGGUUAACUCUGAUUGUAUAGUGUCUUUUGAUGUUAGUAAUGAGAAACUCAUGGAUGUGGCAUUGCCAUGUAUAGUGCAUCCAAAAGAUGGCAACUCGAAAUCGUUCAAGCAGGUAGGAGUUUUGGAUGAGUGUCUUAGUUUAGUAUUAAUCGAUGAGAAGAUGGUCAGAGCUGAAGUAUGGACAAGUAGGAGGGCGAAUAUUUCCCUUGUGGGCAAACACUAUAGUUGGCCAAAGCUUUUUAUCGAAGGAGCCUGA